AUUGGGACAAACAGAUUUAUGGGUGUUUCUCAUAGUCCACGUGUUCCAUGUUGCAUACUUUUCUGGCACGCACAAACAAACGAGUCGUGAAGGCCUAAGCAUGGGUGGGAUCUUUCGGAAAUGUUUGUACGGUUUUUCGGUUGAACUGGAAAAGGUGACAUGAAGGCCAGAGGACUCACUGCGGCAGAAAAGAAGGCCAUUUUGAAAAUUUGAGGAAAGAAAAGGACUUUUGGAGGAUUGCCAAGUGCAGAGGUUGUGGACCAGGAUACAAAAGUCCACUGGAUGCCAUGAAAGGCCCUCGAGAGGAAAUUGUCUAUGUCCCCUGCAUAUACCGCAACACAAACAUUGAGAAGCCUGACUAUCUGGCAACUGUGGAUGUGGACCCCAAGUCAGCUAACUAUUGCAAGGUCAUUCAUCGGUUGCCCAUGCCCAACUUGAAGGAUGAGCUACAUCACUCUGGCUGGAAUUCUUGCAGCAGCUGCUUCGGCGACCCAUCAAAGACACGGAACCGCCUUAUCCUCCCGUCGCUGAUAUCCUCCAGGAUCUACGUGGUGGAUGUUGGUACCGACCCCCGUGCCCCCCGUCUGCACAAGACAGUGGAGCCCAGCGAACUGUUCUGGAAGUGUGGCCUGGCUAAUCCUCACACCAGUCACUGCCUCGGAAGUGGCCAGAUCAUGAUCAGCACCAUGGGAGACCCUUAUGGUAACGGAAAUGGUGGAUUCGUGCUGCUGGAUGGAGAGACAUUUGAAGUGAUUGGGAACUGGGAGCUUCCAGGAGAAGCCGCCCCCUUUGGCUAUGAUUUCUGGUACCAGCCACGACACAAUGUGAUGAUAAGUACCGAGUGGGGGGCCCCCAAGGUUCUUGCCAAUGGAUUCAACCCUAAUGAUGUCAAAGCAGGUCACUAUGGUCAAAGCAUCCACGUGUGGGACUGGACCACUCACAAACGGCUGCAGUCCCUAGACCUGGGGGUGGCGGGGGCCAUUCCCUUGGAGGUCCGCUUUUUGCACAACCCUGACGCUGCCGAAGGUUUUGUGGGCUGCGCGCUCAACGGAACAGUCUUCCGCUUCUACAAGACCCAGAAGGGAGACUGGGCCACAGAGAAAGUCAUCGGUGUUCCCAGUAAGAAGGUGGAGGGCUGGAUUCUGCCCGAGAUGCCAAGCCUGAUCACCGAUAUUCUGAUCUCCUUGGAUGACCGUUUCCUGUACUUCAGCAACUGGCUGCAUGGAGACAUCAGACAGUACGACAUCACCGACACCAGGAACCCACGCUUGGUGGGCCAGGUGUUUCUGGGAGGCAGCAUCUUGAAUGAUGGGCUGGUGAAAGUUACGGAGGACCAGGAGCUAGAUGGCCAGCCAUCGCCUUGCAUCAUAAAGGGGAAGAGGGUGCCUGGGAGCCCACAGAUGCUGCAGCUGAGUCUGGAUGGGAAGAGGCUGUACUCCACAACAUCCCUGUACAGUGCCUGGGACAAGCAGUUUUACCCCGAUCUCAUCAAGGAGGGCUCCGUGAUGACCCAAAUUGACGUGGACACAGUAAAGGGUGGCCUGCGGGUCAAUCCAGACUUCCUGGUGGACUUUGGAAGAGAGCCAGAUGGACCAGCCCUUGCCCAUGAAGUUCGGUACCCUGGUGGAGACUGUACCUCUGACAUCUGGAUUUAAACCAAAGCAGUGAUUCCUGCUACUCUUUUGAUGUAUUCUGGUGACACAUUCUGACAUUACAAUCAUUAUAAUUUUAUCAAGUAUUACAUUAUACACCAUGCACCUUACAGAACUCAUUCAGCUCAGAAAAUUAAACUUUUUAAUAAAGCUUUGCGUCAUUUAUAUCAGCUAACGCGCUCUCCCUGUUAUUGCACAGUUUUGCACUUAAAACUGUAAUGCAAAAUUAGAUCUAUACAUGUAUUUGUGCAACUAUGCCAACAUUUUUUGUUAUGGACAGUUAAUA